AUGCCAUGUGCUAGAGCACUGAGGCAGUGGGAGGCCAGGCCCACGUCUGCUCUGCUGGGGGUCAGACGCACCAGGGCCCUGAUGUGGCAGCGGGUACGGGGUCUGGCUCGGGCCUGUCGACGGUACAGGGUGAACUACAAUGACUCGGUCCAGGAGGAGCAGGAAAUGGUGUGCCUUGAGCCCAUGGGAUCAGAGCGGAUGGAGAUGCGAAAGAGGCAGAUGUCGGUGCAGCAGGAGUCGGCAGCGGGGGGAACUGCACCGACCCAGCAGGGCCAGACGGGCCAGGCCAAUCCACGGGGCUCCAACGCUUGUUGCUUCUGCUGGUGCUGCUGCUGUAGCUGUUCCUGGAAUGAAGACCGGGAUGAUAGAAACCGAAAGGCUUCUUAUGACGUUAAAGAAGGGACCACAGACUGUGAAGACUGUCCUAAGCCCACGCUGGAUGAGGUUCGCUCGUGGGGGCAGUCGUUUGACAAGCUUAUGUGCUGCCCGGCGGGGAGGAACUCCUUCCGACAGUUUCUUCGGACUGAGUUCAGCGAGGAGAACAUGCUCUUCUGGCUAGCCUGUGAGGAGUUCAGCAAAGAAGUCAAUAAGAGUGUGGUAGAGGAGAAGGCUCGGGUCAUCUAUGAGGACUACAUCUCCAUUCUCUCGCCUAAAGAGGUGAGCCUUGACUCCCGUGUGCGAGAGACGAUCAACAGGAACAUGCAGGAGCCCACCUUGCACACGUUUGACGAUGCCCAGCUCCAGAUUUACACAUUAAUGCAAAGAGACUCAUACCCUCGCUACAUGAACUCCCCAGCCUACAAAAACCUGCUCAACACUCUGUCAGAGCAGUCCCCUGAAUCUUAGGGUGGUGAUGACCUGUGAUCUUUUAACUCUUUAUCCCCAUCAGCUCCAAACCCCCUCCUUCCUUACCCAUUUUUUAAACAUUUUCUUUGUAUGUUCAGUGUAGGAUUACAUGAUCCGGGCCUCGGGUCUGGCCCCUCCCAGGGAUAUCAGCGCUAUUGUGAUCUGCACCUGACCGAAGACACUCAGGUCUCAAAACCUCCCGAGGGCUCGACAUCACAAGUACUGCUACAGAUCAACAUAGCAAAACACUCCAAAGGAAUAUGAUUACAUUUUUUGUUUCCUUUUUCUUUACUAGAAAUAAUCUAUUUUAGUUGUGUUCAGAGUUUUUUAUGGUCCGUUGAUUUUUUGUAUGAUUGUUUUGGGGGAAAAUGAUUCCUACUGUAGACUAUAUAUAUUUAUGAGUUUGUAAAUAGUAAAAAUGGAAUUGUGGGUAUUUUAUGUAGAGACGCCUGGUUCUAUUUACUGCGUAUGAAAAUCAAAGCUCAAGUCAAAGGCUACAUGUUAGCUCUACUUGCAGGCAGCUUUGUGGGGUACUGUAUGAUUUUAUCUUGGUUUUCCCCUUGUUUUGUUACCUAACCUCACACGUUGAUACCUGUGACAGUGACUUGGCAACUCCAGUUCAUGUGGAAAAUGUGUGAGAUUGAAUCAUCUGUAGGUGUGGUUAUCGGAGAAAUAACAGAAUGUCAAGAUAGCUCUUGUAAUGGUGUGCAAUUGUUUCUUAAACGAGCUUAGGUCAAUGAUGGAGGCGUAUUCAAACUUUAUUUUUUGACCACAAAGAAUUUCCAAUAUUAAACAGAUAUUUAAAAUUCAAAUGUUAAUGACUGCACACCUUAGAAGUGUAUUUUUACCAGUGAGAUAUAAGAACUGAAGUAAUUGUAUUUAACAAAAAAAGUAUUUAUUAUGUGUUAAUCUAUUGCCAAUAGAGAGAAACAUACAAAUAUAAAUGGUAUUUAUUUAUGUAACAAACUGUUCUGCAGGGGUACUGUGUGGAGAAAUGUACAGAUCUUGGGUGACAUUUCAUUCCAUUCGUCUGCAAUUUCCUAUUAAUUUGUUAUCAAACAGGCUGAGAAGUUUGGUACUUAUUUCCAGGCUUAUUUGGGGGCUUUUUUAAUAGGACACAGAGGACAAACAAGAAAUAUGAGGAGAGAGUGGGGGAAGGAUGGGUACUAAAGAAAGCCAGAAUCAGGACCAGCACCCACUCUUACACUGAUUAAAAAGAAACGUGAACACAUUGAGCAUAAGUAAGAUUUACUUCCUCUUAGAUUUACAGAUUUUACAAGCACUAACCUCCAUGGUUGAAACAUGAAGCCGAAGUAGGUGGGUAAAAAAGUUGCUGUUCCUCAAGUGCCCACUUGAUGCUGGCUACCAAGGUCACUUAUAUGCCCCAUGUUAAAAAUUACGAUUUUACAGUAAAAAUGACAAUGUUUACUGCCUAGUUAAAAAAGCAGUUUUGAUCAGAAUAGUUCAUUUCUUUAUGGACACUUGUAAAACUUGUGUUUGAAUAAGGAUAGUAUGUUAUGCAUUAUAAUGGUAAUGGCUGAUAUGACUUCAAGCCAGCAAGGUGUAGCUGUUUGUCAGGAUGCUUAAAGCCCACCUCAGCCCCACCUUUUUGCCUCUCUUACUGUCUGUUUCUUAGUUAAGUUAUGUCUUUUUUUUUUAAGAUUUAUGUUGAGGCUUUUUGCCUUUAUUGUGAUACAGCCCCACUGAAUCCAUCUAAGUGUCAAUUCAACCUCUGUAGCUUACUUGCUGUUGUAUCUUUUUCUUAAAACUGAAGCCCAUAAGGUGUAAGUACUAUAGAGGAAACCAACAUUUCAUUUUUGUGGAUAAAUUUCACUUAUUGAACCAAAAAAAUGUGUUUAAAAGUGCCAACGCCUUCCGGCCUCACACAGAUCCAGGCUCCCAAAAUGCUUUGCUUGUAGCUUGCAUCCGCCCGAAGCACAAGCCAGAACAAAAAAAAACCACUGCAUUUCUCUUUCAGUAUUUGAAAGUCAUCUGUGAAAGUGAAACAUUGGUUUACUGUAUAAUAACAACACCAUACAGAGCUCAGUUUUUAAAGAAAAGACACCUACGUUUAAAAAAGAUAGAAAGCUCCAUCAGAUCAUUGCUAUGACAGAUUCAGUGGGACCGUACCCUUAGAAAAAGAUAGGACAGUAAUAGAGCCAGAAACAGGGAUGAGAGAUUGGGGAUGCCAUGCAAGAGCCACAGUCUAAACUUGAAGCCGGGCUGCCCGCGUAAAUGGGCACAACCUAACCACUAGGCCCUUUUAGCUCUGUUAAGUUUGUUUUUGAUAGGAUUUUAAACAUUGCAGUCGCUGUAGAUUAGCUUCAAAAGCCUCCUUCUUCAACCAACAGCUCACAUCACUUAGUCUUUUUCUGUUAUUUCCUACAGCACAUUGAGUUUAACCUCUUUCAUGUCCAUUACAGGUAGACUUUAGUUGGCUUAGCAAAGCCAAAAACUGGAACAGCUAGCUAGAUUGUUCUGAAGUCUACCUACUGAUCAGUUAAGGCCAGAAGAAAGUGCAGAAAAUACACUGCUCCUAGAAAGAACUGUUCUUUCAUUUCAAAUCAAAUUAGAUGUAACGUGUUAGCUAGCUUUAGCUGUGCUAAUUUGAGAAUUUGUUUGUGACAGAGACAAGCUAGCACUUUCACUUGGUUUGCAGCUGUAAGCUAAGUUAAGAAACUGUUUUCUAUAGCUCCUAUUUAUCAUACAGAUAUGAAAUAGAUUGUUUUUUGGUCCAUCACAGGUUGUUUUUUUAUUCUUUAAAAACUAUAUUGUUAGAAAAAAAGUAUAUUCUUCCACUGUCAAAACACUGAUCCAACUGUUCACUUACAGCUUUUUUUGCUUUCUCUAGGCUAAAUUAGAUUUAUUGUCAUUUUAGACUCAUAACCUCUAAGAGUUGUUAAACUUAUAUUGUUCCUUCAGUUUUAAGUACUUAAAUACACUCUAAUUUUUCAGGAAAUUAAGAGGAAAUUGCAGACUACAGCCUUUCUUGUUUAAUAAGAUGGUUUCAUACAAAAUCACCGUCUUUUGUGUGGUGUCUGUUCAGGCCAGGUUAGCGGCAACACCAAAGCUAACGUGUAAACUGUGUUUGUAUGCUUAUGGAGAGUGUUUCUGUUGACAAAAAUUGGAGUUGCCAAGUUAUAAAAACUUUUAUGUGUUCUGAUCUAGUUUUAGUUGAAUUACUUUGUUGCCUCACAAAUGUGUCACUCAAAGACAAGAUCCUCUCAUGGGGAAGUGCCUUGACAUUCAAUUUUAUGACAUCUUUCUCAUGGGCAACAGUUUUCAGACUCUUGCCAUGAUGGUGGAGGUUACUGGAGCACCGGGCCAGUUUACCAGAUAUUGCCCCUCUUUUGGCCAAUUUAUCGCAUGUGUUUCGUCUUGAUACCUUAGUCGUGAGUAAAUCAGUCCAGUUUUGGGAGAGCUGCCUAUCAAAAUAACGGACUGUGAUGACUACACAUGUUUUAUUUGCUGAGGGCAAACAGAGAUCAAUGGAUAGGGCUGGUUGAUCUGAACUUCUUGCCAACCUGUGCUUCAUGUUGGCACUUCUUCGUCUUAGAGUUAACUUUAUCUUACUAUGUGCAAUUUGAGCUGUUGGAUACACCGCGCAGAUCAACCUCAAAACACAAUCUAAGCCAAUGGUUUGGAGUGAUGCCUAUAAAUGUUGAUUUUUCUUCUGUUUACUAUAUGAAAUGUGUUAUUUUGCGCUGAGUUUACUGAAGAAUACAUUUUUAAAAAAACAAAUAAUGUGAAUGUUUACAGUAUAUGGUUUAGUUUUUUCUGCUACUCAGAGAAAAUAAUGAC